AUGGAACCCCAGAAGCUGUUGAGAAUUGGAUUUCUGCUGUGCUCUCUGACUUGUCUCCUGUUGGAGGCUGCAGCUUUCUCUAUGUCACCUUUAUCUGCCUUUGGAAUACAAGACGAAGCAGAAUUAAAACCACGCUCGAGGGAAAACCAAAGGUCCUGGCUGAGCAACUUCAAGGAUUACAUGUGGACUCUCGUGAAGAGUGUCAUACCUCCCGCAGCCAUUUUUGCUUUUCUUAUCGGCACCGUACUAUUGGGGAUUCUCUGCUGCCUCACGUAA